UUCACGUGAUUACGAGAGGUCGCCCCUUCCGUGAGAGCCACAAGUUCUCUUACUCUCUCUUCUCUCCUCUCUCCCCUCUCCUCUCUCCACUCUCUUGUGCUUCACGUAUUCUUCACGUCUCUCUUCAUCAAUGCGUCAAUUCCCCCCAAAUUUUUACUGAGAACUAUGUAAUUUGGGAGAUCAACAACGAUCGGCCGUCUCAUCCUCUCGAUUUCUUCAUCUUCAUCUCCAUCUCGACUGUUGAGGAACUGGUAUACUUUCAAGGCCGCAUAUUGAUUUUAUCAAGAAACCUUGAAUUUCAUUUGGAGCUGGAUUUUUCAAUUGCAAAUUCUGGCUUGUUAAUAAUGUGCUAUGAUUCUUAGAGGGACGUGGAUUUUAGCACAUCGGUAGUCUGCUGCACGCUCAAAAGAGAGAAAAGCUCGGUAUAUAUUGGAGUUGGAGCUAAAAGUCCAGACUCUUCAAACUGAAGCAACGACUCUUUCUGCGCAGCUCAUUCUGUAUCAAAGAGAUACAACUGGUCUAUCAAGUGAAAACACAGUACUCAAGCUUCGAUUACAGGGCAUGGAACAACAAGCUCAGUUGCGAGAUGCCCUGAAUGAAGCGUUAAAGCAUGAAGUGGAGAGACUUAGAAUGGCGACAGGCGAGAUGAUGGAGUGUUCAGAAUCAUUCAACUUAGGGAUGCCUAGCAUGCAAUACAAUCCCUCUGUAUUUUACUCAGUACCUCAACAACAGCAAAAACAGAAUAUGCAAACCCAUAGAAGGUUUUACUCAUAGAAGGUAGAGACUUCAUAGAAGGUAGCAAACCCAAGUAGCCUUCAUAGAAGAUUCGUAGAAGCAUGACCAAAUUGGAGCUGUACCGGAACUUUACAAAUUAUCUUGCGAUAUUUGUGGUUCUCUCCAUUGCUUGGAUAGGUUAUGAGGAUAUAAAGCUGGAUUUUAAAGGUUGGGGGGUCUGGGAGAUACAAGGGACCAUCAGCUAUGCCUGAAUUUUGCUUCCAUGUAUCAUAACGACUAACAAGUUCAUCCAUAGUUUUGAAGUAAAAGAGUAGUUAUACCUUAUAUUACUCUCCCACUUUAGAUGCUUGUGCUGUUCUGCCAAUUUAACACAACAAUCUCGGCCAAUCACUAUCUUCUGUGACUUGUAAAUGAGUAUCUUUUUUCAUUUACAGCGUGUUCUUUUGGGCAGUUGUGAUGGUGCUUUCAUCAUUACCUUUUACUUUAUACUUCUUUGUCUCUUUCUUUUAGUUAAUUUUUUUUGUUGAAUAGAGCCUUUGGUAUUUAGAUUUAUCAUAGAAUCAUCUUGAAUACAAUUACCUUAUUGGAUUCGCUCAUGAGUUUGUCAUGGCUUCUUUCAUCCUGCAUAUCAUCCUCAGUAGAAGCACUGAAGUAGCAUUACCUGGAUGAUGAGUGAGCUUUUCUUAAUCUCUCUCAUUCUUCUUCUAUUUUCUCCAAUUUUUCUCUCUUCAAAACAGAGGAAGAGUAUUUGCAUAAAUUUUUAUUUAUUUAUUAUGAUUUUCAUGUUCUUUUAGCUACAACUUCCUUUUAUCUACCUCACUAUUUAUGUUUUUCAUUGUUCUCGAUUUCCGGUGGUUAAUUUGUUUUCUUGGGUUUUAUGAAGGAAAUGCGAAUUAGAGGAGAGAUAAAUUUAAACGAUCGAGUUUUGAAGAUUCAAAGGAACAACUAUGUGUGUAUAAUUUAGAUUGUUUCUGCACCCCUGUUGCCUGUUGGGUUAAUGUGCCUGUUGUUGGAGGACACGCUGGCACAAUCGUUCUACCAUGGUUUUCUCAGGCUUUUCCACAAGCCAAUCUCUCAUAUCAAGACAUUGAAGCUCUUACAAAGAGAACACAAGAUGGAGGAAUAGAGGUCGUGAAUCGAAAGGCUGGAAAGGGUUUAGCAACAUUGUAUAUUGCCGAGUUUCAGAUAUAUUCGGCUCGGAGAACUUCAAACGAGCGCUUGCAGAUGAUGUAAGAAUAGUUUCAUUGCUGCCUUCAACCGUUGUUAAUGGACCAUCUAAAGAGAAUAAAACUCCUUUUGAAGCCACACCACAUUCAUUAGAUCCGCCAACACUACCUUUGACGGGAUGGGUCUAAAAGAGUAGAAUAUCAAAAAGUCUUGAAAGCCCAAAUGACAGCUGCCAUUUCAUAUCUGAGAAAGUAGAGAGUAGAAAAGGAAGGGAAGAUAGUGAUGAGUCCUAACAAAAUCUCAGGGUUCUUAAGAAGAAAGGGAAAGUUGAGUAUAUCAUUGCCUGCAGUGCCUUUUCUCUGUAAUUAUAUUUUUCGGUUCCUAGAAGAGGAAAGAGAUCUUUAGUUGCAGAAACCUUUCUUCAUCCCUUGUUUAUUGUAUCUGAAUUUAUGAUUCACUCAUCAGUCUACAAGUACUCAUUUUAUAAA